GUGGGGGCGGCGGUGGGGGCUGCCGCCGGCCUAGGCCAGCUCGGAAGAACACGAAUGCUCGCCUUCACCUCUCCUUCCCCCCUCCCCAUUCUCGUGUCUCCACUAAAAGCGCUCUCCCCCAUCCCCGUUAUCCCUGCCUGCCCCUGACACCCAGCGCACCUCGGGGUGACCUCUUUCACCCUGGGGCUUUUUCUAAGCUCUUUAUCCCUAUUGCACAAGCAGCCAACACACUGCCCGCCCCCAAACCAUUCAAUAAUAUACUAUUGGCAGAGCUUUUGUGUGUGAGAGAGACAGUACUUACCAGUAAGGAGUACCUGCACCUCUUUUUUUGCUGCCCAUGCCAGCCAUUUUGUGCUGGCACCCACAAUAUCAAGGAACCAGCAUAAAGUAUAAUGUGCGAAUAUUACUGACAUCAUGACAGCUGUUAGACAGAGGAAGGGAAUAAAAGCUACAGAAGUUCCAGAAGAGUGCCUGUUCCAUGAGAAGAAUUGGAAACGUAAUGGGAAAAUUCUAGCUGGUGGAAAACUGUGGAAGAAACUUUCACUCAUCAUUGGUGGAAUUAUUGGCAUAUCCCUAGGAAUUCUCACAUCUGUUUAUGUUGCUACACUACAUGAAAAUGAUUUAUGGUUUUCCAACAUCAAGGAGGUAGAGCGGGAGAUUUCAUUUAGGACAGAAUGUGGCCUGUAUUACUCUUAUUACAAGCAGAUGCUACAAGCCCCAUCCAUUCAACUAGGUUUACAUGGCUUGAUUUUUGACAAUAAAACUGAGUCCAUGAGGACAAUUAACAUACUUGAAAGAAUGAAUGUUUACCAAGAAGUAUUUCUCAGCAUUCUGUAUAGGGUUUCUCAUAUGAAGAAAUUUUUAGAACCUAUUUAUUUUUACAUCUACACGUUGUUUAGUCUUCAGGCAAUCUAUGUUGCUGCUCUCUAUGUAACCAGCUGGCUUCUCAGUGGAACUUGGCUUUCAGGUGUAUUGGCGGCCUUCUGGUACAUCACAAACAGAAUAGAUACCACCCGGGUGGAAUUCACCAUUCCAUUAAGAGAGAACUGGGCAUUGCCAUUCUUUGCUGUUCAGACAGCAGCAGUUACAUUCCUGUUCAGAUCUCAUUUACAGCCAACUCAUGAAAGGUUGACACUUCUGGCAGUAUUUAUUUCAACCUUCCUCUUCUGUUUGGCUUGGCAGUUUAAUCAGUUUAUAUUGUUGAUCCAGGCAUUGGUUUUGUUCACACUUGACUGUCUUGACUUGCUUCCUAGGGGAAAGGUGACCUGGAUCUACAUAAUACAAGUGGCUAGUUUGCUGCUUGUUUGCUUCCUUCAGUUCUUUAAUUCCAUGAUAGUAGGAUCAUUAUUUGUAAGCUUUAAUAUGUCCAUCUUGUUAGCAAGAAAACUUCAGAAUAACCUGAAAACUGGAGGCUUGUUCAGCAGACUUGGGAAGAUUUUCCUUCAUGUACUCUUAGUGCUCAGUUUGACAUUUCUUGUAAAUAAUUUUAUUAAGAAGGUUCUUAAUCUGGAGUCAGAUGAGCAUAUAUUUAAAUUUCUGAAAGCAAAGUUUGGAUUUGGAGCAACAAGAGAUUUUGAUGCUAAUCUGUACCUGUGUGAGGAAGCUUUUGGCCUCUUGCCUUUUAAUACUUUCACAAGACUUUCAGACACUUUAGUUUUCUAUGCCUACAUAUUUGUGCUCUUUAUAAUGGUCAUAACAGCUGCUGUGGUUGCUUUUCAAAAUCUCAGUGGUUCGGUGAACGUCAAAUCCACAGAUAAACUACAAAAGUGCAUAAUGCUGCUAAAACCAGGUGUUGCUUACAAUUUAGUACACACCAUUCUGUUUGGAUUGCUGGCUUUAAGCACAAUGAGGAUGAAAUAUCUUUGGACUUCCCAUAUAUGUGUGUUUGCAGCUUUUGGUUUGUGCAGUAGUGACUUGUGGGGGCUGAUCUUGAGAUUUGUCCAUCUUUACACACCACAAAGGGUAUCUGUGAUAAGAUAUUUAACACCAAUACUCAUAUUACUGUAUCUUUGUUACAAGUUCUGGCCUGGAGUGAUGGCUGAGCUGUCAGAGCUGAGGGAAUUCUAUGACCCAGACACAGUGGAGCUGAUGAAUUGGAUUAAGUCUAACACCCCAAAGAAAGCAGUGAUUGCUGGAAGCAUGCAACUCUUAGCAGGUGUCAAGCUAUGCACAGGAAGGAUUUUAACAAAUCACCCCCACUAUGAGGACAAGAGCCUGAGAGAAAGGACAAAACAGGUAUAUCAGAUGUAUGCAAAAAGAUCGCCUGAAGAAGUCCAUAGGAUCCUCAGAUCUUUCGGCACUGACUUUGUGAUCCUAGAGGACAGUAUUUGUUAUGAAAGAAGACACACCAGAGGCUGCCGGUUGCGUGAUCUUCUUGACAUAGCAAAUGGCCAUACUAUGGAUGGUCCUGGGGAAAAUGAUCCUGAUUUAAAACAAUCGCCAUAUCCUCGCUUCUGUGAGGAAAUCAAACGAAACCUACCUUCAUAUACGAUGUAUUUUGCUAAAGUAUUUCAGAACAAAACAUUCCAUGUUUACAAGCUUGCUAAACAUAAAAAGACUACAUAGCUUUGCUGUGACCACAGUAACUAACGCUAAGAGAGUUUACAAAAAUAGUUCCAUUUUUUAAAAACAAAAUCAUUGUACACUGGUCUAAGUGUUUACUUUCUCAUUACUGUGACAAUUCAAUUCAAGGAGGGUUUGUUUUGAUAAUGUUUUUGUGAAUCCAGAAAUCUGGAUAACAUGAGGCUUGUUCAGAAAGGGUUCUGGUGUGGAUGCUGUACAGGUGGUCCAGUGCAAGCUCUACAAUGUCAUGUGUGAGUGAUUCUUGUAUGAAAUAUGAUAGUACUCACGCCAUAAAAAGAUGUUUGUCAUACAGAGAAGGGCAGGUGAGCCCACAACUUAUUCCCAUACCCACUGCAUGCAGAGUGUACCCACCAGGAACCUACAUGGACCAGCUGUAAUAUAUUUCCAUCAACUGCUAAAUCUAGGGAAGUCUGCUCAGGGUUCUAGCUUACUAAUGUUGUCCUGUGAUACCAUUAGGGUGUUUGUGCUUUUUCCGUUCUGCUCUUUUCCUUAGGAUGCUAGGGAAUGCAAAUCCAAUCCAAUAUUUACUUGGAAGAAGGUCCUACUGAUUUUUCAUGGUGCCUUUUCCAUGUUUGCUUAGCAUCACAUCUCAGCCCAUAUCUUACAACCCAGAGCUUUGCUGCCAAAGUGCAUAGUAUAUGCUGGUGACCUUUUCAUUUUUUUAAUAUUAGGACCCAGGUGUCAGCUAUAUAAUAGCCACCAGCAAUGUAAUGUUUUUGGUAACCUCCCCUUCGCACACAACCAGCUCUCCCUGCUUCUCUCUCAGCACAGCACAGCUAUAAGGACACCUGGCAUUUGCUGACAAAGAAGGAGCUGCCAAUACCCUAGCAGCUGUUUUGUAGCUAAGGUCAAAGUUGCACAAGAAUAUCCCUGUGUACAGUUUUGCUUUUAGCAAGGACUCAAAAGUGAGGGUUCUCUUGGCAGGGAUGGCCAUGUGUUGUCCACACCAUUGCCCAACCAACACCAGAUCUUUACUAUUUUCUGCAGGUUGAUCUGCCUCAAGCAAGCAAAGCUCUCAGUCUUGUAUGGGUAUUGUUGCUGAAGAUCAUAGUCUAGCUAAGGGCUUGCAUCCCGUUUGAGCAGCCCCCCCUUCAUUGUAUACUACUUUUCAAACUCUCAUUACUUUCAAACACUUGUUGCUCAAUAUUUCAUUUGCAACAGUUAAUCGUUCUUUGUUUUACCUGUGGUUCCACAUUUGGUGACUGAUUUGUCUGUGUGAUUUCAAGACUGAAGAAUGGAGCAUGUUGGGUUUCUUUGUUUUUGUUUUGACAAUGCAUCCUGUUGUGGUGUCCUGUAUUUCAGAUUUUAAAGAAGCUUUUACAAACAAAGCAAAAUGCCCCCACUCUCCUCCUACAUGUCACAAUGUUCAGUUCCUGUGCUGUCUUUUCAAGUAGGCAUACCAAACCCAAUCUAAAUACUGUCAUAAGGAUCACUGUUAAAAGAGGUAGGAUAUUUUGUUGUUUUAAGGGAGAAUUGUAACUAGUACAUACAUGAACUCUUCUUGCCAGAAGACCAGCCCCCCCCCUCCCGCCUCUUCUCUCCUUACUUGGACUAAACUAAACCCAUGAAUCAUGUACAUUAUUUGAAGCAAGUAGAUUUCACAUUUUUGAACUUUUAUGAAGACUGCCAACUUUUUAAUGCUGUUUAAUGCUUUUUUUUAACAAAAAAAAGUCACUGUGAUGAUGUUUUUAAUGCUAAUUUUAACAUUUUUAUAUGAGAGUUAUGGCAGGGUUGGUUUGGAAGUAGAACUUUUCCAGUCAUUAACAAGUCACCCAGCAGCUGUAGGCAUGAUCUCUAUUCACUCCUUCUGCUCAAGUCUCAUUGAAAUAAAUGGGAGAUUGACAAGAACACAAUCCAUCUCUUACUAACUUACAGUAAGUAGGGCUUUCCCAAGUGUAAUGUACAAUGUUCACUUCUGGUGUCAAAUCUGAUGGUAAUCAAGUGCCUCUGGAAAACCAUCAAAACAUCAAUAGGAACAUAUUUGGCCUACUCAAAUAGUUCAUGUAAGAAAAUUGCUACAAUUAAUUUCUAACGAUAAGAAACUUACAGUGCUUCGGCUAGCUUCCCCCACAUUUAAUUAAAUCAAGAUGUGUAAUGAGAUUAAAGUUCCCCAACUGAGCUAUGUUCCAUUUCUCAAUGAUUUAAACACUUUUCCCUCUGCAGUUGUUCCUUGGUAAAUUACUGCAGGGCUAGAUAUGGUUCUGUCACCAUCACACAAAAAUAAUUUUAUAUUUAGGCAAGUAUUCAUUAAGUAACAUGCAGGGUCUUUCAGUGCUUUCAUACUGCCACCAUAAGAAAAGCAGACUUUAAUCAGCUCAUGCUUAAAUCAAACCUGGAGGUGAGCCACUUUGGGGGUUUUUUAAGCAAAGAAGCAAAGCCGCCUGAAUAAUUUCUACUCUGUUUCCCUUAAUGAGGUUGGAGCCCACUGCUGUUUCAGCAUAAUACAAUAAUAAAACAUUCUAAUAAGUAGUAAAACUUUAA